AAUUCCCAACCUGGCUUGAGGCUCCAGGAAGAGAUGUUCUCACAGCCACAACCUCUGUCCACCCACCCACACAUACAGAUGAUGACCUCUAUGGUCAUGAGUUGACCCGAGAUCCAACACCUCAAUCUCAGCCACCCCAUUCCUAUGACUACUCUUCCUCCUCCUCGUCUUCCUCACGAACACAGCCACCUCCACCAGCCUAUCCUCACUCUCAGUCCCCACCCAGUUACCAGACUCCAGCAGCUAAAAUCAGUUACCCAGAGCAACACCCGGCUGCUCCUUAUCAUGCACGGUCCAGCAGUCACUAUCCCACGCCUGCCUAUGAUGGGGGUCCUCAUCCCCAGCAUGGCUACCAUUCUUCCUCUGGUCCUAGGUCACACAAUGCCAACACCUACCACCCUUCAGAAUACAUUGAGCAGAGUGGGUACUACCUUCAAAACCACACGGGUGGACAGAAUGCCUCUAAUAAUCGCUAUUCUGACCAACCUACCAAUGGUUCAAGUGGGUCAUAUCCUAGCACUAACAGACAUGGUGCUUCACACACAUAUUACCCAACUAACAGCCACUAUGCAAUGCAACAGCAGCCUAAUCGCCGUGUUGGUAGCAUAGCUGACUAUGACCCAGUGAAUGAGCAGUAUGGUUCAAUUAGCCAGCACACAGGUUCAGGUGGCUAUCGACAGGAAACAUCAUAUCAG